AUGGACCUCAUGUGGAGCCUGAGAUUACAAAACAUGCAGCAGCAGAAUUGGAUUGCAACCGCUGCCAGUACUGCGCCAGUAUCUGCAUCCUUAGACUGUCUGGUGGCGGAGCAGGGCUGCAUCCAGGAGCAGUCCUGCAUGGUGCUCUAUAGACUGCUGGAGUACUGUGCGGCUGAGGAGGCUGUGUCGCCCCUCGGCCCAGAUGCCCGCUUGGAGUGCCUGGAGGCCCAAAACGCCUUGCAGCAUUACCGCCCCCUUCAAGUUUGCAAGUGUCAGCGUGGCACUCGCAGAGAGGAACACUGCCUCAGGGUUUAUUGGACUGUGAGAUUUGCAGCAUAUGAUGAGUAUGAAGUGUCUCCAUAUAAAGAACUGGAGUUAAAUCUGGUGAGAAACAUUGAGAUGUCACGUAUGGCCUCCAUCAUGGCAGCUUCCUCUCUUUCUGUGGACGGCCAAAACCAGUGUCUCAAGGCAGCGCAGGACUGUGGCCUAUAUGAGAAAUGUGGCUCCCUGCGGUCAGAAUAUGUUGUAGCUUGCACCAAGCGUGCAGCAGUCUCUGACAACAGCUGUAACCGACAGAAAUGCCACAAAGCCCUGCGGCGUUUCCUGGAGCGCGUGCCAGAGGAGUACAGCUUUGCUCUGCUCUUCUGUCCCUGCUCUGACACUCUGUGUGGGGAGCGCCGGAGGAAAACCAUCGUUCCGUCAUGUUCCUAUGAAGAGAAUGGGAAAGGGGAGGAAAGAGUGGGCAAGCCCAACUGCCUCAGCCUUCAGAACUACUGCUCCAAAGAUGAGCUGUGUAGAUCUCGGUUUGCUGAUUUCCAACACAACUGCCAGCCCUCCCCUCUGUCUGCCUCUGGCUGUAUGAGAGACAGCAGAGCCAUGUGCCUGAAGGCCUACGCUGGACUUAUAGGCACCAUCAUGACUCCCAACUAUGUGAGCAACAGCAGCACAGAAGUGUCCCAGUGGUGCACAUGUGACGGCAGUGGGAACGAAUGGCAGGGCUGUCAGCGCAUCCUGCACUUGUUCAGCAACAAUAUAUGUCUGCGCAAUGCCAUCAGCUCCAUGGGAAUCUCCGCACCUCCUCCUGUGGAAAACACUCCCGUGCCAGCUUCUCAGCCCUCCCCGCACGUCUUCCAGGAGAGGGUCCACGUCAGUGUUAACACUCUCCCUGAAUUCAACAGUAUGGAGGAGAGCGAGGAAGAGGAGCAGGCGGAGGAAGAAAGUGAGGAAUUCAACAUCAUCCCACCGUAUUCUGAGAAGGACUCUAACGCUGAAUCGGGGGCUCGAGGAAGUAAACGCGGAGCAGCUAGCCGAGCAGUACCCGUGUUAACAUUACUGCUGCUGCCUACGCUCAUCCUGGACUGGGAGUGUUGGAGAUACUGAAGCUUCCAUCUCAUUCUUCGCUCAUAUUUUACACUCGCUACCACUUUCAAAUCUAUCACAGCACUCAGAAUGAGCCACAGAGGACAUUUGCGUGGAAUAAAUGCCCAAUUUCCUUCUUUUUUUCAUUUUUAAAACUGAAGACUUUAUUUUAUAAUUAUUUGUCUCCUAUCAUUGCCUCCUCAAGAGUCAAAUGAUAUCAGUAGUCCCGCAGUAUCUGCCACGUCUUUGCUCUAAUCCUCUCCUAUGAAAUGCAGGGAACAACGUGAGCAACUAUAUGAGUGCAUGGGUGAAUUUAGAAAAUGCUGUCUGGGCAAAUACUCUAUCUUGAGCGUGCUUCAAACUCAAAGUACAUCCCCUCUUUUAACAAGAAGUACAUCGCCCAAGGCCACAUCCACUAUACACACCAUAACCAGUCUACUCCACUGCAACCAGGCUGGAGCAUGGCUUUUGAUUUCUAUUUCAUGACUCAUGUCACAUCCGUUUCUCUGUUGGCCCCUUUGGCUUUUCCUCUCCCUGCUUCAUAUGGUUGAGUAAGAUAAUCCACUUUACAACAAGCUAAUAAGAAACUGCACCACACUUAAACUGCUUUGUACCAUUGAAGAAGGAAAAACUUUUAACAGUUGCUUAAAAAAGUGAUAAGACACAAACCAAAUGUGUUGUCACAUACAUUAUGAAUGAGAGAUCAUUUGCCUUCUUCUUACUUUGUGCCAGGCACGCCGUUAUGGGUUAUGGGUUAUUUUCAACAGGCCCACCCAAAACAUUUCUUCA